AUGACCGAGAAGCCUCUCGUGGAAGCGCUGCUCGACAAGGCCAUCGAGCUGCGGUCUUCGGAAGAGGCCGCAGGGCGAUUCCGGAGCCUUCUGCUGCAGGACAGGACUCCAAGCACCGAGCUCUUUGCGAGCUACGUGUCGAGGCAGAAGUGCAUUUUCAAGUCUGUCAGAGUCUGUGGCACAGCGCCCGACACUUGGGAAGGUUCCUGUCGAGCUCCUCCAAAGUGGAGGAUUAGCGUCCCAGAGUGCAAUGGCGACUGCGCAGCUCGGGGCACAGAGCGGUGCUUCCGAUCUAGGUCAAAGGGCCUGGAUCCGGAUGAGGUGGCCAUCCCAUCCAAGGACCUCCUCAAAGGAGUCGAGGAGCCUCAAAAGAUGGAUGCAACGCAGCUCUGGCACGCUGUUCACACCGGGGAUCUGGAGAUUGUCAAAGCUUUCGUGCGGAGGGGUGCAUGCACUGGGAAGUCCCGGGACGCUUCAGGGCACUCCAUCCUCUGGCAUGCUAUUACCUUCAACCACCACAGCCUUGCGCGCUUUAUGGUGGAGACAUUCCCCCCGGGCACCGACGAUGGGAUCGAGGUGGAUGAGGUGCAUCAGCGCAGAGGGGACACGUUGCUGCAUUUGCUUUGCCUCAGCCGCUCUUUCGAUGCAGAGGCUGCUGCGCUUUUUAAGAAACUCGCGACCAAAGCGCCGCCGGCAGUGUUUCAGAAAGUCAACCAUGCUGGCCUCACGUUUGCCCAUAUCGCUGCCUCCAACUUGAACUUCUGGGUGCUCACAUUCAUCUUCAAGAACUUCCAGGCACAAGCCAAAGCGCUCGUGUGCGCGGACAGUCACCCGAUGAAGCAUCUCCUGCAGGCAAUGCCUCAGCCAGUACCUCCACCAGCCUAUCAGCCACCUGUCGGAUUUCCGGACCACUUCCGGGUUGCGGCAAUGCUGCAGCAGGAUUCCAGCGGCGUCGUUCCAUAUGCAGAUGUAGCCUUCGAUGUUGGUCCAGAGUUGAAGGGUGUGGCAGCUGGUCGCUUUUUAGCACAUCGCGUCGUAGUAGUUGCGCAGAGCCCAAAGCUGUACGAGAUGCUCGAAACCAUCCCGCUCACGGAGCUACCGAAGGAAAAAAUCCGAGCGGCUGUCGUGCGCGUCGAUGAGCGCAUCUCGCAGGAGGUCUGGCGCAGCAUCCUCCAAUUCAUCUAUCAAGGCACGAUACUUCAGGAGCAGUGCACCUACCUGCACGACGUUGCAAGGUGCUUCGAGCUGCUCUUUGCCGUGCUCCUCUUCCGCCUGCCGGAGCCACUCCUUCACCUGGCGCAGCACUCCCUCUACGUGCUGUUGCCGGUCAGCAACCCGACCUGGGCGCUCCAGGUCUUCCAGCUCUGCGCACAGAAGGAGCACUUCGACAACCAG